AUGGGGCGGUCUCGACGCACUGUUUCCGAUAGCAGAUGUAAAGACCACUCGAUGCUCCGGGCCGAGGGAAUCUCGCAGGCCCCGGCCCAAGCCGCUCCAAUGAUGUUGUGGGGCGAGUUGGGGCCUGCCAUGGACGAGGAGCGGCGGAAGGCCAUAUGCUUGGCAGGUGAGUUGAUCAUCCCCCACCCCCAACACCUGAGAAGGGCUGAACAGCCCACCGUAGGACAGCGGGGCUCUCUCGCUGAGAUGGCUUCUCCUGCGGAGAAUUCAGUCAGGCCAACAGACUCUUGA